AUGGGGGUUGUGAUAAAACCAAAGCCCCCUACGAAGAAUGAACCAUCUGUAACUGACAAGGAGGUCUCUUUUUAUCCUGCUAAACUUCCAAACCAGCAGAAGACCCCACAUCAGCCUAAUGUCCUGCAGCAGACUACAGCUCCUCCAAAAUACUCUGAGGUGACCCUUACACGUCCACAGCCUGUUCAGGCUCAACAACCAAUGCUUCCACAUCCACAGCCUGUUCAGGCUCAGCAACCAACCUUUCCACCGAUGGACAUAAGAAAUACCAUCACCAAACAACCGACUAUGGUAACUGAUGCUCCAACAGCUUCUCUCAGUUCACAGUCUCAGUUCACAGCUCUGUCUUUCAACAUCGAAGUUCCUCCAGUGACUGCACAGAUUGCCACCAUGAAUAUAUGUGAGUUCUGCACCUGCAGUAUUGGGACACUGUCCUGUAUUGGUUUUGGCUCAAACCAGAAGCUGAGCAAAGUGCCUGUGCCAGACAGCAUCUACAAUGGCACCUUCACCAUCUUAAACUUGCAGGGAAAUGCUAUUUCAUACAUUGGUAAAGAUACGUGGAAGUCAUACCGUUUGGUUGAGAAACUAAAUCUCAGUGGAAAUAAUUUGAGGGAAAUACGUAAGGAUUCAUUUGAAGGCCUGUUUUCCCUCCAGUACUUAGAUUUAUCCUGCAACAAAAUAGAAUAUAUUGAAAGAAAUGCCUUUGAGUCACUACCUUUUCUACAAUAUAUAAAUAUCGGUUGCAAUUCCAUCACAAAAGUGAACUUUGGGACAUUUCAGGCCUCACAUGGAAUGCAAUUUUUACACAAGUUAAUUCUCAAUCGUAAUCCUUUGACAACUGUUCAAGAUCCGUAUCUUUUUAAUUUGCCAGCAUUGAAACACCUAGACAUGGGAGGAACCCAAGUGUCACUUAUAGCACUUGAUAACAUCCUCAAGAUGUCCCUUACACUGGAGAAACUGAUCUUACCUACCCAUUUGGCCUGCUGCCUCUGCCAAUUUAAAAACAAUAUUGAGGCUUUUGCCAAGACAAUCAAACUUCACUGUGACGAGUGUCAGGCAAAGAAACAUUGUGGUGAGUUUAAACUGCCCAUGAUAAACUUUUUAAUUUUUAUUUUGUUUUUAUUUGUAAUCAGGAAUGAUGUUUACGUAAAAGUACUUUCAGAAGGACCAUUCAUGAAAGUAUUAAGAGACCGGAAGAACUACAACAGCUCUGAGCUGAUUAUUGAGCCAGAGAGAACAUCCUCACAGAAAAAUAGCAACACUUUGACAGCCUUCAUGAGCCUCCUGAUGAAACUGCUUGAUGAGCAGCAGGAAGUAAAGGUUUCCAAGGGAGAGUGGGAUACCGAACCAUGGAAAAGUGAGAAGAUGGAGACCCUGGAGGAAGCGGAGGAGGAGGAGGCACCUGAGGUGAGGACAGCUCCUGUAACACGGAACCUGGGCUUUUACUCCGUUUAGGACAUGCCAUGAAAGCACUCAGCUAGGAAGACCAGGGGCAGCUUGUCUGGAUUUUAUCUUGACCAUGUAACUUUGGCUAAAAUAGUGAUCUCCCUUUUUGUUCAUUUAGGAAUUAUGCCAUGUUCUAGGGUAGAGGAGAAGAGGACCUAACACCCAAAAUAAGUAAAUUGUGCAAGUCAAUGCUGAUUCUCAGAUUACAUAACAUAUGAGAUUUGGUAUGUUCCUAAAGACCUAUUUGCUAGCUAUUCACCUGGAAGAGUGGGAUUUUAGAAUAAUAGUUACGAAUAGUUAGCUAUUCUCUAGAAUAGGCUAGAUAAUAGUUAUU